GACAAGGCAGAGAAUUUUGUCAUGGCUGCCCUGUUUUGUGCCUCGGAGGAAGGCAAUGUGGAUGGUCUGAAAGAGUUGUCAGAGAUGGCCGCCAACAUUGACCUCAACACAGCCAACAAGCAUGGAGAGACGGCAGUGCACAUGGCAGCCAGUGGGGGACAUGUGGAGGUGCUCAAAUUCCUCAUCAACAAAGGUGUCGACAUCUCCAUCAAAGACAAGCAAGGGGACAGUGCUGUCUACUGGGCUGCUCGUCAAGGUCACACAGAGGUUAUUAAAUGUCUAGUCGAGGCAGGGGUAUCCGUCAACACACAGAACAAGUCUGGAGAGACGGCGCUUCAUGUGGCUGCCAGGUACGGCCACACCUCCACGGUUCAGUACUUGUGCAGCAUUGAUGCUAACAUCAACCUUUUUGAUAAUUUAGGUGAGACGCCACUACAUUGUGCUGCUUGGCAUGGCUAUGUGCAGAUCACACGCAUCUUGUGUGAAAAUGGAGCCAUGCUGACCCUACAGAACAAGGAGAAAGAAACAGCUCUACACUGUGCUGCAGUCAGGGGAAAUGUGGACUGUGUCCGAGUUUUACUGGAGUUUGGUGUCCCCCUCAAUUACACAGAUAAG